GUUUCUGAGUCGUGCUAUGGUUUGAACAAUGCUGCUGGAAGAACCAGCAUUUCAUCACUUCUUGGUGACUUUUUAAGGCUGAAUUUGGACUUUAGUUAAUGUGGAGGAAAUGAUAAGGCUGCGGGAUGUUCUGUCCAGCUGGCUGACGGUCUGGGGUUUUAUUUCCGUAUUGGAAGCUAGAGGUCUCCCUAAGGUGGUUGGUCCCUUCAAACCAGUCACAGCAGAAGAGAAGAAGGACGUCGUCCUGCAGUGUCGCCUGGAGCCUCCGCUGGACGUGACACGUCUGACAGUGGAGUGGAAACUCCAGGAAAAAUGGGUGCAUCUGUAUCGAAGCCAGAAGGAUGAUCUCAGCUUUCAAGACCAAAAGUUCAAAGGACGAACAUCUCUGUUCCACAAAGAAAUGGUCCAUGGGAACAUUUCUCUUAAACUGACUGAAAUAACUAAAGAGGAUGCAGGAAAUUACACCUGCAGGGUUCCCAAACUUGUGGGUCAAGUCAAGGAGGGAACUGUUGUCCUGAGUGUUGUUACAGGUGCAAGUCUUCUGGGGUUUGUCUCUGCUGGCUUUGCACAUCUAGGGAACCACAUUUUCUCCCAUCCUUUCUGGCAAACCAGUUCAAGCUCAGUCAGAUUGGAUGGAGAACAUCAAUUUGCAAGUCUUGCCACAUGUUCCCAGUUUGACUCAGGUCACAGAGAGGAUGGUCCAGAAAAUGUCUUUUCAAUAAUGUCAACAUCAACCAAUAAUAUCAUCACUGGUUCAGCUCUUACUCUUCUUGCUGUUGUAGGAUAUGUCUUACGUACCUUAUUAUGCAGACAGCUCUACAGGAGAGUCUUCAGGUUUGGAGGCGGUCUAGAAGAAGCUUUGUGAUCAUCGUGUCCUGCCAUCCUCUACUCCAUCGUCUUCUACUUUAUAUAAAUACUUUAUAUAAAUAUUUUUUACUAAACAUUUUUCUAUUUGUGCUGUGGAUAUCUGACAUGAGUUUGCCUGAUGAUAAUAAAAGAAAGAUAAGUUUGUUAUUCAGUGUUUAGUAGUUAUUGUUGUUGCAACAACAAUGUCCAGAUGCAGGUUGGUAAAACAUUAUCAGGUCCUGUCUGAUUUAUUAGCUAACAGUAUUUUAAAGGGAGUAAAGGAGUCAUGCCAUCUGCUGGACUGAAGGUGUAUUGCAGUUUUCUUUACAACUUCCCCAUACUUCAUUAGGCUGAUUUAACUAAAUGGUUUGUGGCCUUUCUGAGCAAUGGAAAAAUAAUGUACACAAUUCUCCAGUUAAAACAAAUCCUGGGGCUUUCGAUAGAAAAUGGGCCAAUAAUUCAACCCAUUGAGACAGUGGGCCGUUACAUAUACUGAAAAUUCAGUAUAUUUAAUUUUCAUUGCCUCUGCUAUUAAAAUCUGUUAUUAGUCUGUCAUUGAAUGUGAUUAUUGUUGUUUUGACUUCAUAUUCACCACUGAGAUAUUUCCACAUGUAUAUAACUUGUAAUUUUAUGUAAAAAGACAAAAGGAACUGCUCCAUUUUAAGGAUGCUGGAGAAGUAAAAAUAAUUUCAAAAUAAGGACAGAUUUUGCUGCAAAUGUUGGCUGCAUUUAAAUAUGGUCUACUUCUUGUGUUUCAUUUCUAUCUUUUUUCUAAAAUAUUAUAUUUCUUGUUUAUCUUUAACACUGUUAAAAUAAACCACUGUUAUUAAAAUGUAGAUAAAACCAAAGAAAAAAUGUUUGUUAUAUUUUGUCUCUGUGAAUACCACUACUUAUUUAUCAAAAUAUUUCCCACUAUUAAUUGUUUGCAAAGAAUUGAACUGUAGUAAGGAAUGUAAUAAAGUUAAGUAUGAAUUUA